UAAUAUUUAUUAAAUCAUUGCUUUUAGUUGAAUUAUACCAAUUUAAAAUUAACUUGACUACAACAUGAAAAAAUACAAGAUCCUCUCACCCCCAUGCUACAACUUAACAUGAUUUCUCAUGAAGAAUCUAAAAAAUCUGAGAUUCUUCAUGAGAAAUCCACUUGAUGAUAACCUCAAGAACAUCUCCAUGUGUCUCAUUCUCCAGUCUUUGGAUGGCUCUGGACAGUUGUGGUCAUGUAAGUUUUAUUUAAAUGGAAGCCUCCUUCAUUCCUCCAUUGUGUAAUGUCAGGGUGAUGAUCCGAGGAAAAUGUACAAAAACCAGGCUCCACGUGUGUUUGACAGUUCUCUACUCAAAAUGCCGCUGCUUUUUCCCUCCUUCUGUUCCUCUCUGCGUCUAUUCACCGGCAUGUUGCAGGAAGAGGCUGCAUGCAUGCAGCAGUAUAGACUGUCAGCUCUCUGCAGCAGCAGCUGCACGCAUGCAAGCAUCCACGCAGCCCCCAUCCUUACAUCUGCCUGCUAAUUACACAAAAAAACGGCUCUUCAUUGUAAGACACGCUGCAAGGGAAGGCUCUUGGACAUGAUGUAAUCAGAUGUUCUGAUUCGAUGCUGUCCAACAAGUGGAAGCUGCGCAGAAAACUAUUCAAUAUUGCUCCCUGGCUUAAGAUGGAAGGUAAUUCAUUUCUGUUUGAUCACAUUAAAGAUGAGUCAGGUUUAAAAAAAAGAAAUAUUUUAGCUGAGAAACCAACAGCUCUUCUGUAUGAAAAUGAUUCAUCAUGAGAUUUGAAAAUGUUGGGAACAUCUGAGGAAAGGUUCGAUCCCCUGCAACCUGUGCGCAUGGUAAGCAAUGGACCGGUGCUGAGUCGAAGGCGGCGUUCUGGCUGUACAGUGACGUUUUAAGGCAGGUCCUGGUCAAACCUACCAAUGGUAAAAGUCGGUCCUACUCUGCUGGGACUGGUCGCAAUGAAUGGGUGUCGUUGCUCUGCGCAGCAAAGGAGCAUCCACAGCAAGACGCGGCGAUCAGGGGGAUGCGGCAUCGGUACGCGGGAGCUGUCCAUCAGCACCAGAUCCCCGCCAGAAAGACCGAGCAGCACCGAGAGCAAGUCGCGCCCGUUUUCUGCCUGCCACCCCCGCCCUCCUCCCGAGAGCGCACCACCGCCGCCGCGCACCGCCAGAGUCUCCAGGAGCUCCCGUGUCUGAUCCAGCCCCCACGGAAACCCGUCCACAGCGGAGACGCGCUCCCUCCGGCGAGCUACACCACCCACCCACCGGCGCAGCGAGGAACCGCAGCCAGCAGCGGGGAGCCGGCGCACCUGCAGCAGGAUCCCUGGGCCCCGUCCGGCUAUCAGCAGCAGCCGCCGCCGCCGCCGCCGCUGCAGUCGGAGGGGGAGCCUUUUUUUCCAGGCUGCCACUGCAGCUUUUCAGAGCAGGAGGCGAUCGUUCUACAAAACAAGCAUGACCCUCUUCCUCCGCAGCCCUCCUCACUUUUCCCGGCACCCAUAGCCAUACCACCACCGCCGCCGCCGUCAUCCUCCUCUCUGCUUCUUUCCCAGGGAUCAAGAGAAGGGGAUCGUUUCCGAAGGAGCGGAAACAAUUGCAAGGAGGGGAGCAUCGUGGAACGCUGCAGGGGAGGAGGAGGAGGAGGGCACCGAGACCACAGGCAGUUGUUGCAGCAGCAGCAGCAGCGCUGUCAUUUCAGACUCCAACAGAGGGACCCCUCCCCUGAAGGAAGCCGUGCAAACUCGGAAACUGUAAAUGUGUGCGAGGCCACAGAGUCUGGGAGAGCAUUUGGGAGUCAGUCUCAGGAGCUGCAGCAGCAGCAGCAGCAGCAGCAGCAGCAGCAGCAGCAGCAGCAGCAACAGAUCCCUCAAUUACGCGCGCAGCAACAGCUGCUGGUGGGAAGCAGCUUGCCUGUCAACUACUGCGCCAACGGCUCAGGAGAGCUAUGUAAGACUCAGCAGGCACCACUGCUGCGACAGCAACAACAACAACAACAACAGCAGCAGCAGCAACAGCAGCAGCAGCAAGGUGCGCUGGGAAUCUGUGCCCGGCGUCCGCAGCAACACUGUGAACAAGAUCGCAAUAAGUGCGCGAAGAUCGCCGCGCACGGCGGCCAGGCGCAGCCGCACAGCCGCGUAACUCAGCCGGUCACACCGCAGCCACACGCGGAGAAUUCGGACUGCAGCAGCAGGAGCAGCAGCAGCAGCAGCAGCAGAGGCAGCCCCAACUACGGCUCCAGCUAUCACCUGUGGCCAGAGAGCCCGCAUAAAGGAGAGGAGAGAAUCUGCAUCGACCUCCAUAAGGCCACCACUGAGCAGAGGAAGCUGAGCCAUGCUGGAUCAAAGCCCUCUCUCUCUGAGAGCAGUGGCCGACUCCCUCAGAUAGCCAUGAACACCUGCAAGUACAAUGGCGGAGUGGUGAGACCAUUAGUGGGCAGCCUGGCGUCCUCGUCGCGCCGCAACCUCGCAGAGCUUGACUCGGAGACACAACCCUUACAGACGCUGCACAGCUCUGGCCUAGAGGUGGUGGUUUCCAAGGGCAACAGUGGUGAAGACCCCAGCAAGGCUUCCAACGAGAGCUUAGUCAGGGAGGGCAGCGGGCGAGGUGGGGGGAGGGCUCCACAGAAGAAAAACAGGGACAUUGGCUACAAACUUGGUCAUCGGAGGGCGCUGUUUGAGAAGAGGAAGCGGCUGAGUGAUUACGCACUCAUCUUCGGGAUGUUUGGGAUUGUUGUCAUGGUGACAGAGACAGAACUUUCGUGGGGGGUUUACACUAAGGAAUCUUCAUACUCAUUUGCACUGAAAUGCCUCAUCAGCCUUUCCACUGUUAUACUGCUUGGUCUUAUAAUAAUGUACCACGCCCGGGAAAUCCAGCUCUUCAUGGUCGACAACGGUGCGGACGACUGGAGGAUAGCCAUGACGUACGAGCGGAUCUUCUUUAUCGUGCUGGAGCUCCUGGUGUGUGCCAUCCACCCCAUACCUGGCCAAUACGUCUUCACGUGGACGGCGCGGCUGGCCUUCACCUACACGCCGUCCGUGGCGGACGCGGAUGUGGACAUCAUCCUCUCCAUCCCCAUGUUCCUGAGACUCUACCUGAUCGGCAGGGUCAUGCUUCUCCACAGCAAGCUGUUCACGGACGCUUCGUCCCGCAGCAUAGGCGCCCUGAAUAAGAUCAACUUCAACACGCGCUUCGUCAUGAAGACACUCAUGACCAUCUGUCCGGGAACUGUGUUGCUGGUGUUCAGUAUAUCCUCCUGGAUCAUUGCUGCAUGGACUGUGCGUGUCUGUGAGAGGGAUACCAUGUAUCACGACAAACAGGAAGUGACCAGUAACUUCCUGGGAGCCAUGUGGCUCAUCUCAAUUACCUUCCUCUCCAUUGGGUAUGGGGACAUGGUGCCACACACGUACUGUGGGAAAGGCGUUUGUCUGCUGACAGGGAUCAUGGGUGCUGGUUGCACUGCACUGGUCGUCGCAGUGGUGGCCAGGAAGCUGGAGCUGACCAAGGCUGAGAAGCAUGUCCACAACUUCAUGAUGGACACACAACUCUGCAAACGAGUGAAGAACACAGCUGCCAAUGUACUCAGGGAAACAUGGCUCAUUUACAAACACACCAAGCUGGUCAAGAAAAUAGACCACGCCAAGGUCCGGAAACACCAGCGCAAGUUUCUCCAAGCCAUUCACCAAGCUCAGAAACUGCGCAGUGUGAAGAUGGAGCAGAGGAAACUGAAUGAUCAGGCCAACACCUUGGUGGACCUGGCAAAGACACAGAAUGUGAUGUAUGACCUGGUGUCAGAGCUGCAGGAGCGCAGUGAAGAGCUAGACAAGCGCAUCGGCACGUUGGAGGACAAGCUAGACUCGGUAACGGGCAGCUUGCAGGCACUGCCCUGCCUCAUCUCCCAAGCCAUAUCCCAGCAGCAGCAGGACUUCCUGGACGGCUUUGUUCACCGUUUCCGGCCUGCUUCCCUAGCAUCGGAGCGCUCCGAACGCUCUGAGCGAUCCUGGACUUCCACCACCCGUAGGAGGCGCUCUCCGUCAACAGCACCACACACUUCCUCCGACAGCGGAUAACUUUGACAGAACUUCUGCAAGAUUACCAUUUUACAGCUAUUGCCUUUAUCAAAACUAAUGCAUCACCAGUCCCAUCCAAAGCCAACAUCCACGUGUGAGUCUGGACUUAAACUGAACCCAUAUCUGGAACCCAUGACUCGAUUGACCCCCCCACGGCCCGUCCGCUCAACCAAAAUAUUCCUGAAAGCAGAUCCUCUGUGACUGACCUCCCAGCAGAGGUCUGGAUUAGAGCUACUCAACAGAACAAAAAUGAGAAGAUGAAAAAACACAAAUGCAUCCAAGAAAAACAGUAAAAAAAAUCAAGAAAAACCAAGAUACAGUAGAGAUAUGGUUUAUGUUUUAGCCAUUGUGUGGCUGUUCAAGUUAGCUUUUUUGUAAAAGCCCUUGUAUAGUUUAAAAAAAAAGACUGAGUUCAGGAUCGCUGGGGUGAAAGCUGGCUAUCACACCGGAGAGUCCUUAACCAUAUGGGGGAAGUCAGUCUGCGGAGCUGAGGGCCUCGGCUCACCUGUCCACCCGUCUGUCCGUUUAUCUGUUCGUCAGGAGAGGAGACCACCUGACUUCCUUCUAAAGAGACCAGAGUCGUGGAUUUCUUCCUAUCGCUUAGGGGCAAAGGCUUUAGAAGUUGGCGUCAGUUCUGAAAUGCACUUAAGUCGGAGAAACUGUCAGACAAAACUAGCAAAAGAGGAUGCACAUGGCAUUACUACUAGGUAGGAAAGAAAAUAUACACAUUUGCCAACUUCGAGGUGAAAGCUUCCUUGUUCAUACCAAGAACAAAGAAAGGAGAGUGACUAUCUUUUUUAGUUACAUAUUAACGUGAUUUUUCAGUGCCUGAAUGUAUAAUAAGUAGAGGGUUAUUUAAUUACUAAUUUCAGAGCUUUUUUACGAUGUUACCAGUCUGAAUACGGCAUUGCAUUCCUUUUUCAGAUACAUUCCUCUGCAAAAAUGUAAAGAAAAUGUCUUAAUGUAAUGCAUAACAUUGCCUUCAUUACACUGCAACUCCAAAUGUUUUGAAAGAAGCCUCUCUCUUGUCAUUUCUACAAACACAGAGAAAUGAGAAGUUAAGAGAGCUAGCAGAAGUGACCAGGCAUAAAGCAGUGAAUUAUGGAAAACUUUUCUCACUAAUGUCUAACCACUGAAUUAAACACACAUUUCUCUUUUUUUUCUCCUUUUUUUUGCAUGUGUCUGCUCGAAAACAACAACGGAGGAUUAAAAUUUUGUUUUACUUUGGUUUGUAUUGUUGCUUUUUUUCCAUCCUCCUUAUUUCACCAAAUUUCUAGAAAUUUUCUUUUGAUUUUUUAGAAUAUCCAAAAUCUUCACAAUUUCAGAGCAUUAAGAGUUGCAGGAUGUAAUUCUGUGAUGCAAACACUGUUUGCAAUAUGAGGAAAAUAAUAAAAAAGAAUCCUGAGAGGAUACUAAUAAAAGUGCUAAAGAAACCAAUAGUAACUGAAUUGAUCUUUUCCCCAAGUACAAAAGAAAAGCUGGUAACACUUUAUAAGGGUACAAAUCAUACACUGAAUAAAGCCUUCUGUCUGAUUCACAAUGAUUUCAUAAAUAAAUCAACUAAAGGACGUGA